AUGCUUUACUCUUUAGGUGACAUAGGAAAUUAUUACUAUGGUCAAGGACAUCCUAUGAAGCCUCACAGAAUACGAAUGACUCAUAAUUUACUUCUCAACUAUGGACUUUAUAGAAAAAUGGAAAUUUAUAGGCCACAUAAAGCUACUCAAGAAGAAAUGACAAAAUUUCACAGCGAUGAUUAUAUUCGAUUUUUAAGAAGUAUAAGGCCUGACAAUAUGAGCGAAUAUAAUAAGCAAAUGCAAAGGUUGGAAGAAGCUUUUUAUACAACUGAUAGAGUUAUGACUGUUUCUUUUCAUAAGUACGGCGAAUAUUUUCCUGGCACUGGAGAUCUUAGAGAUAUUGGAGCUGGUAAAGGUAAAUAUUACGCCGUGAAUAUUCCUCUUCGUGACGGAAUGGAUGACGAAUCUUACGAAAGUAUUUUCGUUCCAAUAAUUAGUAAAGUAAUGGAAACUUUUCAACCAAGUGCGGUUGUACUUCAAUGUGGAGCUGACUCUUUAACAGGAGACCGUUUAGGUUGCUUUAAUUUAACCGUUCGGGGUCAUGGGAAAUGCGUUGAAUUUGUCAAAAAAUACGGUAUGCCAUUUUUAAUGGUAGGAGGAGGAGGAUAUACCAUUCGUAAUGUUUCAAGAUGUUGGACCUAUGAAACCUCCGUUGCUUUGGGAACUGAAAUUGCCAACGAACUUCCUUAUAAUGAUUAUUUUGAAUACUUUGGCCCAGAUUUCAAAUUACACAUAAGUCCAUCAAACAUGGCGAAUCAGAACACUCCUGAAUAUUUGGAAAAAAUUAAAACAAGAUUAUUUGAAAAUUUAAGAAUGUUGCCGCACGCACCAGGAGUUCAAGUACAAGCCAUACCCGAGGAUGGAGUGCACGAAUCAGAAGAAGAUGAGGAUAAAGUUAAUCCAGAUGAAAGGCUACCUCAAUCCGAAAAGGACAUGACAAAAAAAAUGUUAUCAGAAGUUGAAAAGGAGGAUCGAACAGUUCCAGUAGAAGACCUUAAGAAAGACAACGAAUCAAAUCCUUGA